GACAAAUGCAACCCCAAAAUAAACUUUUAAUAAUCCAUGCAUUCAUACAAUCAAAAUACAAAGACUGUAUUAUAUACUAUCAUUUUAAAUAAUGUGCAGUGACCUUCAGCUGGGACUUAUAUAACUAGUCUAAUAAGUUUAAAAAAUACUCAUAACUCGAGAUUAUCAUGUGCCUGUCAAGAAACUAGCAAUUAAAUGGAACCGCUAUCAGGAAAGGUUGUUUAUUAGAAAGAGAUUAAUUGUUUAUAAUCUGAAUCUGAGCAACAAUGUUCCAAAUUCUAUGUUACUCUUAAAAAAACACACUUGACAAUAAAAUUAGUCACGUGAUUGAAACAAAUGAAUGAAUCUACCAAUCUAAAUAUUGUUAUAAGCUAGUGCGAGGAUACUUGACCUUUUUUUAUAAAAACCCCAAUCUACUGUAGAUAUUUAAGCAACAAUAUAAUAAAUAUUAAAAACAGUAUAUUUUUCAUGAUAAUAUAAUAAACAACAAUUUUAUUGAAAAUAAAGUUAGACGACUGAUGGAUCAUUUUCAUCAGUUUCACAACACUGCAUCAGCAUUGGAACACUGGUUUGAAAUCCGUCUUGAACAUUAAUAAAUUAUGGUGUCAUGAUGUAUAAUUAUGUCCAACUUCAUUAUACUUUUAUUUACUCUGGGAUUAAUCGGAAAUUUAUCAAAAGCUACGCCAAUAAAUGGGACAUUCGCCACCAUACCGAUUGAUCUAAGAGCUGCGAUAGAAAUACAGCCUCAAUUCGAAAUAAGGAUGGGUCAAAAAUAUAUCUUCAAAAAAAAUAACGAUUCGCUAAAUUUAACAUGUACGAUCAUACAAAAUGAUGGUAACAAAAAUCAUACAUUAUUUGAUUAUAUUGUCGAUUGGAAAGCACCAUUUUAUGACAAUUACACUCUUAAACCUGAAAGAGGACAAAAACGAAAUGUAGCUUGGUUGUGGUUCGAAAAUCUAUCCGAAGAUCACGAUGGUAAUUACACAUGUAAUGCUGUUACAUUUAGAUCUGUCAUUCAAUCACAUCUUUCUGUUAAUAUCAGACUAUCUGUGAAGAAAAAACCAAUUAAAUGGUAUUGUGGACCAAAAUGGUUCAGAUGUCGAUCUAAUAAUUGUAUUAUGGAACGAUAUCUUUGCGAUGGUAAAGCUGAUUGUGAAGAAGGAGAAGAUGAAAGUGAAGCUGCUGGAUGCGGUUCUGAUCCUUGUUAUGGUAAAGUAAUGUGUGAUAAUCGAUGUGUUCCACGAGAAUGGUGUUGCAAUCACCGGAACUGUAGUAAAAAUUCUGCACCGCACAUAUGGCCAACAGAAACCCGACAAAUAAGUUACAUACAAACAGCAUUUUAUGUUGUGAUGGGUUGUGCAAUGGCAUUUAUUUUCAUAGUUACAAUAUUGGCGAUAGCUAUUUGUCGAGUACAAUUUAAACGAGCAAUAAAUACGACAUGUAAUCAACGAAGUCGUAAUGGUUAUUGUCAAACAAAUCGUGCCUCCUCUAUACAUGUGCCUAAUCAUCAUGAUGAUCUUGAUCGACCUUUAAACCGACCAUUAGAUGAUCUUCAACAAGAAACGAGUACAAUGUACAAUGUAACUGGAAAACUACAGUUUACGGAUUGCCUUUCGAAACCUCCGUCUUAUUCAGAAAUAAUGGCUCUACAAUCGGAAGAAGGACCUCCACCAGCUUAUGUAUCAUGUGAUGAACUCAAUGAAUAUUGUGCCUUAAGAAUGUAUAAUGUUCAAAAUAGUUACCAACCAGACAAUCUUCUACCAAUUAUUAGUAACUUUAGUUCUUCUCGUUGUGAUGACUCCACAAGCACGCCGAACUCAAUUCUAAGUAUUCAAAGAUUAACUUCGAUGAAUAUACCAGUAUCUUCAUCAUUCACAAAUGGACAGAAUAAUGAUUUAAGUGACGAUAUUACUACUAUUAUUCAAGAUCCUAUGUCACAGUGUACAGAAACGGAUGCAUUCUUGUCUGAAAAUAGUAGGACAGAUAAUCAUAAAAACUCAAUAAGGAAUGUUUUAAAUAAAAAGAAGAAAAUUUCAAAUGGAUGGUUUGGUCAAAAUUUUAAUAAUAUUGUAACUAGUAAGCUUUGGGUAAACAACCAAACUGAUCAAAACACACCGAGUUCACCAUUAGAGAGAAAAAGCUAUUCUUUAGGAAACUUGAAGAGUGAAAGAUCAUUUUUGAUAACAGAUCAGCCACAAUUUGUUUCGGACUGUUUAGUUCGUCCGAUGCGAAAAAAUAAUAUUAGUUCAUCAUUUUCAACAAAUUCAAAUAAUCAAGUGGCAGGUCCAAGUUCUUCUGGUGUUGAAAAUGAUAAAAAUCUACAUUGAACGAAAAAGCUACUUCAUUUGAGAAAAAUAUUUUUUUCAAAAUUCUACUCUACUGUCAAGAAAUUCAGUUUUCUUAAUUCACCAACUUAACUCUUGAAUCAAUAAGUGAAAUCAAUAAGAAAAAUCUUGGAUGAGCGAAAAGUUCUCCAGAAAAAUUUUGUCAUCACGAAGCACUUUAUUUUUUAAUUUUUUUUAACAAAAUUCACAUACACUUCAUCCAAGAAUUUUUUUUUUCGGAUUAAAAUAUGCGGUAGUAACUGUUCAAGAUAUUACCAACUUGAUUUUGCUAUCAGUGUAGACUGAUGUCUCAAAUAUUCUUCUACCAAGUAAAAAUCAUUUAUUCAUAAAUAUUCAAUAUUAAUAAUUACACGAUUAGUAUUAAUAAGAACAAAUAAGAUAUUUAAAGAAGGAUCAUUCAAUGUAUCCUCAAAAAAAAUUGUAAUCUUAAAUAGAUUUUUAAAAAAUGCGAUAAGAUAUUGCACGCAUAAAUCGAGGAAGAUGAAUAUGUAAUUAUUGUUAACACCUGCAUUCAAUCGAAAAUAGUUUUUAUAUUAAAUAUAUUAGGUUUCUUUAAAACCGACCUACUGCAUAAUCUAAUAUAAUCGUGCAAAGAAAAUUAUUCCGAAAUAUAUUUUCUAUUCAUGAAUUAUAUAUAUAAAAAAAAUUAGGAAAACGGUUGACCUUGAAUGCCAUCUGAAGGC